AAUGGGUUUUGCUUCCUCGGGGCCGGUGCCAUGGGGACGACGGAGAUUCUCCUGCGGUCAAAGAGGCACGGGCUCCCAGUAUCUCGCCUGAUCGGGAGGAAAAUGUUAGGGAAUGGAGAUCUCUUACUGUUUGGUAUGCAGUAACAUAUCCUAAAGACGAAGCUAAUACGCCCAGGGUACAACGGAACGAAAGAAGUGAACGGCGUCGCUAGUGGCUCAAGAACGCCAGGACCGACCAUAACCGGAAUGAUUGACAACCGUCAAGAGUCUUCAAGCAACCCCUUAUCCGGCUAUAUCAUCCAAGACCGGUGCGUUUCAGAGCCGUUGGCGCCGGUCUUGCAAAUUAUGCUGGCUGCACUGACUUUCCGAAACGAGCUGACAUCGUUCCUUUGGCAUCCCUACCAACAAACCUGCAGGACUCUGGCGGCUUUCAAGUCCGCGCUCAGGGGUCCGUAUGCGGAGGGUGGAGCGAUGUAGCGCACUGCUACAUAUCUCGUGAUGGGUCAUGAUAGCAACGAGAUUACUCUGUCGCUCAAGGAUGAUCAACCGCAUCUAGAGGCAGGAGCCGAAGGGCGAUCACAGAACGCGACCCGCAUCACUCAGGUUAUAGAGCGGAUUACUAACCUCAUGGGUGGGGAUAUGAUGUUCUGCUAUUUCAGUGGUUGGCCAGACUCUUGCUCGUCGAAUAAUGGCUGACUUGUUAUAGGUCGAACCCGAGAAGGGGUGUCUGUCCAUAUGUUGGGCGGUGCACACAUGAGUCGUUAUGGUACUAGCCGCGAGGGGGUGACGAACCAUCUGGGUCAGGUCUUUACUGGGCACGGAAGUGAUGUCCAUGCCGGGCUCAUCUGCUGCGAUGCGUCGGUGAUACCAACAUCUCUAGGUGAGUGACAAUUGCUAGAUUGUAAACGUUGUCUCACCUUGUACAGGAGUGAACCCACUCGCCACUAUAACGGCUCUCGCGGAGCGAUCUCUGUCUCUUAUUAGCAAGGAGUCUGGUUUUCACACAGAUCUCACAACGCAAAAUGGGACGCUAGGCUAUGACAGCACACCUAGGGUCCCACGGAGCCCGAUCCACUCGAAAGAUGUCAGCGAGGAAACGGGCGCCUAUGUGUCCACAGGCUGGCAGUUCACCGAGCUUCUGAGGGGCACAUUAGUGUACCACCGAAAGGAGAUUUUGAAACAGGCGAGAUUGAGGGGAAGGGGUCGCUGUCGGCCAUUGCGAUGCUUUUGACAGUAGAUAUUCAAAAGAGGACACGAGGUACGUCCUUUGAUCACCCGACGAACCAUCUAACAUAAAGUAGGCCCAGGACCGAAGUACAAAGGAACAUGCACCGGCACCGUAUCCUGCCGCGCGAUUUCAGAGAGGACUAUGAGGAUCAGUCGCGGUGAGCUCGAGCUCUUCGUACAUGAGGAAGAUGCUGCGGAUGCAACAAGACUAGUGUAUCAACUACACUUGGUCUCAGUGGAAGGGAAUCAGUACAGGAUAACAGGAUACAAGACGAUCGACCCCUCUGCAGCGUGGUCUGUCUCGAGGAUGUGGAGGGCAACGACCACGGUCAACGUGCGGGUUGCCACAGACGAGGAAGGUGCCAUCGGGGCAGGUGUUGUGAGAGUCGCGCCUUCCUCGUUUGUGAGGCAGAUAACAUCGUUCCGGCUUACGGCAGAGUUCAGCUUCACCACCGUGCGGGCCUUGUUGAUAUUCUUGCUCUACUUUGCGGCGCAGAUCAGCCGCUUCUUCUUUCAUCCUUUCAUCUCCCAUCGCACUAGGACUACGGCGACGCUGCCAUAUGCGCCUAAACGUCCAGCUACGUGUGUGCGCACCCUAAAGUCCUCGGAUGGAAUUGAGGUCUCGAUUGCGGUAUACGAUCCAACCUCGUCUCCAGAUACAGCAGCCACCAGAUGCCCGAUUCUGUUUCUCCCCGGUAUUUUAGGAGUCCGUCCAGAGCACUCCUGCUUCGCCCUUCCAUAUCAGCGAUGCAACAGGAUCGAGUACUUCACCAACCGUGGCCACCGCCGCUACAUUCUUUCUCCCCGCUGGAGCUGCGAUGAAAACGUCGCUACGGAAUGCACAGUGUUCGAUGCCCGUCUAGACAUUGCAGCGGCGGUGCAACACAUCUCACUCCACGAGUCGCCGAAGCCAUACGUGGUCGCUCACUGCCAGGGAUCCGUUGCCUUGAGUAUGGCGCUGCUCGAUGGUACACUUGACAGCACUCAACUUCUUGGUGUCUCUGCAAACUCCGUCUUCAUGAACCAGGUCUUCGGGUACUGGAAUUCCAUCAAGGCAUACAGCCCUAUCCUGAUUCGGCUCUACGAGCGGUUAGACGGCCGAUAUUUCCCAAUUGGACGUUCAGGACGUAAGCGUCCGUUCCAUCAUGCUCUUGAUGCGCUAUAUGACUUCUAUCCCAUUCCCAAGCGUCGCGAUCGCUGUCGUUCUGCGGCCUGUCACCGGACAUCCUUCUCCUGCGGUUUGCUGUGGAACCACGAGAACCUAAACAGACAAACCCAUGAUAACAUCGAUCGAUUCUUCGCCGGAACUCCCACGAGACUCCUUGAGCAUGUCACCCGCAUGGGAACACAUGGCGGAUGCUUAGAUAACGAGCUGCAUCCCCUAAUCACGGAGAAGAACCUCCUGCGCCUGAGAGGCCUGCCAAUUCCGUUCAUAUCCGGUGCCGAUAAUGAAGUAUUUAAUCCCGAGACGACACUUGGAGACUAUGAGCUUCUAUGGAGGAGGUUCGGGGAGGAGCUGUAUCGCCGGUUUUUGGUCGAGGGUUAUGGGCAUCUUGAUCCCAUUGUGGGCAAGGCUGCUGAUGCGGAUGUUUAUUGGCGGGUGUGGGAGCAUGUUAAGUGGUGUUCAAAGCAUGCAGUAAGUGAGGGAGAGGGGUUAGAACAGUCUGCGAAUGGUAUAGAGGUCGCUGGUGUGUAGUUGGGAUCUUGAAGUCUUUCGCGGGCACCCAAUGGAGGGCAGGGGGCAUCAAGACUGUCUCAAAAUAUAUACUUCAUGGACCACCUGUCAAGAGCUUCGUCAACUCGCAGUCAGGCAGAUUACAGGAGGCUAGAAGUAAGCCUCAGCACUAGCGAGGUAGUUGUUACUCCAACAUUCAUUCAUUUGCGUGUUUC